GCAGGUGACUAUACAAUCCGUCUACACACAGCGUCUUGCGUUUCGCUUGUCCUAGAUCAGACUUGGCGGCUUCUACCACAACGAGCUUUGUACAGUAGGGUGCAAAGUGGAAACGACACAUCUGAUGGUAAAUUGGCCUGAUUUAUCCAUAAAACACACCAAAUAUAAGAACAGAAUGUUUAUUAAAACAUGGCUACAGAAAAUCAAGAGAAUUAUUACGAUUGGCGACAUUUCUUGUCCAGUCUAGGUAAGAAAUCAAAGAGUUAUUUCACACCUGAGAAGCAGAAGAAGGAUGUGUUUCUGGGUAAUAUUGAUUGUUUCUCAACAAACCUAAGCAGGCAACUACUUGGAACCAGUGGUCAGAAAAUUGAAACAGAACUUACACCUUCAUCUUUUAAGAAAUUAAAAACAAGUGCUGAGGGAUAUGAUGAGAAACAUGACUACUAUGUACAUACUGUACCUGGCAGUAGGUCUGAGGACGCUCCUGGUGAUGCAGUAACCCCUUCCAAGGUACCUAAAGGUAAAAUAACUCCUUCAAGCAAUACACAAGUAAACAAACAUGGUUCAAACACCACAGGAAAUCAGACAGCUAGUAAAGGUUUGGGAGUGGACAAAACAGAUCCUGGCUUUUCAGAUAAAUUUGAAGAGGGAACACAAAAGGCGAGGAGCCACAUGGAUGAUGUUUUAGAUUUGGUCAAGGUUGAAUCAGAUUCCUCCUCUGAGGUACUUCGGAAGCAAAGCACCAAAGUGAUAGAACCAGAUAUGUUUGAAAAUAUUUCAGAUUCUGUCAAGGUUGAAGCAAAUUCCAUCUCGCCUGAGGUGCUUCGGAAGCAAACUACCAAAUUGCUAGAACCAGGUACGCUGGAAGCUUUGAGCGUAGAAGCUCAGGUGGAGGAAAAGUGUGACAGUGAAGUGUCUGAAAAUAAGUCAAAGGUCGCUCAGGAGGCGAUGUUCAGUUCUGUCCAGAGGCCUGGAGAAAAGGCUGCAUCUUCAUCCCAUCCUGACAAAACUUAUAAACUUGAAGCAAAUGGAAAAAAAGGAGACUUUGUAAAAUGUCUCUAUCAAAAGGCCUGUCCCAAAAAGGCGAAAGUACCUACCAUUCUUGCAGCUGCAGAAAUUUCUGAAAUCAAAGAAAACAUAGAGACAAAUCGUGUUCGACAACGUUAUACAAAUAAAAACAAACGCAAAGCUGAUGUUGAUACUCCUUGUAGCCAGUGGACAUUAGAAAUGCUGUCAAAAUAUGUGGAUUUCAAACAAUCUGUUGGAGAAAUUGAAGAAAAAAAGGAACUUGAAGGUUUUCAAAACAUCAUUGAUAGAACUGUCAGGCAAACAUUAAGUCAAAUUGAAACAGUUCAGCAGGUGAUUUUUGCCCCUCACAAAUCAUCUAUCGGUCAUCGACAACCCGAAACAGGUAGUGGUGACAUCUACAAUUUGAGCGACAUUAGGGGAACGGAGGCAGAUGUCUGAAUCCUUCUAGAUACAAUUUUGAUUCCUUUUGCGAAAGAAAUGCAACUGAACAUUGAAACUGAGAAAUCUUACAAGAAUAAAAAUCUGCCAAACUGUACAUUUGAUUAUCGAAUUCACUAUAAAAAUGAAGUGGUGGGUCUGGUUGAAGCAAAGAGUCGACUCUAUGGGAGCGGAAUCAGUCCAGAGUCAGUCGUGCAAGGAAUUAUCCAACUCUCUGCUCUACAAGCUGAAGUCUAUGGGAGGAUGACCAGAGCCAACCCUACCAGCCAACAGGUUGAUCCUUUAUCAUUGUUCAACAUCAUUUCGGAUGGUUACCAGUUCAUCUUUAUUCAACUUGAUCGAAAGAAAUUACUUUUCGACCAUCAGCCAGGCAAGAACGUUUAUGGAGAAAAGAUGCCGACAAUAAGAUGUUUUGUCAUGGACAGCCGCAAAGGAAUAGAGGAAGUUCUGGUAAAACUGGCAAAACAUUUAUUAGAGGCAAUUAACUGGGUUCACCAGGAAGAGGAAGACGAAAAUGUAGAAAUGGAAGAAGAGGAGGAAGUAGAUGAAUAUGAGAUUGACAGAGAGGGAACAAUUAUUUUAGACUGAGAAAGUGAUAUCAAGUAAUAUGUAAACCACAGUAGUCUGAAUGGUAUAUAUGAGAUACUGUGGUAGACUGAGUGGUAUAUAUGACAUACCGUGGUAGACUGAGUGGUAUAUAUGACAUACUGUGGAAGACU